AUGGAGAGACUUGGCCGCGGGAUUGUCGCUGUACGCUCGAGCAAUACGGAUGUGCUCAUCUCGUGGCGUCUUCUGGGCCUCGAUCCAGACGACAUCGCUUUCAAUCUUUAUCGAACCGCCAUCGACAACAAUCGGGUCAAACUUAAUACCGCAGCACUACGUGAUGGGACAAAUUUUGUUGAUCGCUCGGCAGACUUGACUCAAGAGAAUACCUAUACAGUUCGACCCGUGGUCGAUGGACAAGAGGGGGCUGUUGGUGGUACUUUUACGCUAUCGGCAGACAACGCUGUUGAGCCUGUCGUCCGAAUUCCCAUUAGCAAGGGCGGCCCAAUCAAAUUUGUCUGGGUCGGCGAUCUGGAUGGCGAUGGAGAAUAUGAUUACGUUCUCGAUCGACAAACCUCGCCUCAACUUCUUGAGGCGUACGCAAGCAAUGGGACCUUCCUAUGGCAAGUCAAUAUGGGUCCCAACAGCGAAAGUCAGGAUAACAUAUCUCCGGGCUCCUCAGCAAACAAUCUGGGUCAUUGGGACGGUGUCACAGUUUAUGAUUUCGACAGCGAUGGCCGAGCCGAGGUGGCCGUCCGAAUCGCCAAUGGAGUCACCUUUGGCGACGGGCAGCGUUUCACACACGCAAACGAUGACGAGCAGUUCAUCGCCAUUCUAGAUGGACGCACUCGCGCGCUUCGCGCGCGAGCUCAGAUCCCUACCGAUUACAUCUCCGACGGUCCCUUGGCUGCGAGAUUUGGAGUCGGCUACCUCGAUGGCCGGCAGCCCUCUCUCAUACAAUGGAAGUGGCGUCGAGAGGGUCAAGAUGCUCCCGACGGCCAUAACACCCGGAUCAUCGACGUUGAUGGUGAUGGUCAAGAUGAAGUGCACGAAAUCGGGUUCACCCUCAACGGCGAUGGCCAGCUCCGCUACUCGUUGGGCCCACAAGGCAUUGUCCAUGGCGAUCGAUUCCACAUUGCUAAGAUGGACCCACAACGCACCGGCCUGCAAGGGUAUGGUAUUCAACAGAAUAACCCAAACGGACUUCUUGAGUACUAUUACGACGCCACUCAGGGAAAGAUCAUUUGGAAGCACUCAUUGCCUGAGGGAAUCGCCGACGUUGGUCGCGGCUUAGUAGGAGACAUCGAUCCAACAAGUCCGGGAAUGGAGGUCUGGUCUUUUUCUGGUGUUUACAAUGGCCCGAGCAACCAGCUUCUUGAACAAAACACUACCCUCGCUCCAUGGCCUCAUCUGGGUCUCUACUGGGAUGGCGAUAUCUUGAUGGAGCUUUACAACGAUGGGAAAAUUGAGAAAUGGGACUGGGAGUCUCCUUCCACAAGUAACAGUGUCCCGCGGCUUGUGACUACGAGGAAUUUCGGCGCUGGGAGCAAUACAGGACGCAAUCCUGCUUUUCACGGCGACAUCCUCGGCGACUGGCGAGAGGAGGUCAUCUUGGUGAGCCCAGAAAAUGACGAACUCAUCAUCUUUACGGCCGAUCGUCCAUCUGAUAUUCGACUCUAUACCCUCGCGCACAACCCAGCGUAUAGAAACUCGAUGACCCUCAAGGGCUGCCUUCUUGCUAUUCUAUCUACAUGA